CUCUCUGUGUGUCUCUGUGCGGAAGUUACCCCGAGGCAAGGCAGGGCAGGGCGGAACUGCCCCGUUCACUAUAAAACUCUCAGUAACUUCCUCCUGCUCACUUUUGCAUCGCAGCAGCUUUGCUUAAAGUCACCAGGAGGAUCCGAGAGAACAGUUCCAGAACAACCCCAGGCUAGAAGAUGAGUUGGGACAGCUAUAUCCAGAGUCUGACCAAGAGCGAAUGGCUGGACGACGCCGUCAUCAUCGGACACACACCGGGGCAGGAGUCAGUGUGGGCGUCAUCACCUGGCGGCUGGCUCAGCGGAGUCACGGCAGCGGAGGUAAAGACCCUGGUUGCAAAUGACCGCAGCAGUUUAUUUGCUAAUGGAGUGACUCUGGCGGGGAGGAAGUGCACCGUGCUGAGAGACGCACUGCAUGCUGAUGGCCAGAACACCAUGGACCUGAAAAUGAAGAUCACAGAAAAAGACCCUAAUCCCUUACCCUUCACUGUGGGCAAAACACAUAAAGCUCUCGUGAUAGCUAAAGGAGUGAAAGAUGCUCCUGGUGGAAAAGUCAAUCCUCCUGUGUAUGACAUAACUGCUUACCUCAGGAAGAUGAAUCUCUGAAUGUCCACACAUCCCCCACCACACACACACACACACACACACACACACACACACACACACACAGACCCAGACAGCUGCAGUGUGUUCUCCUCAGCGAGUGUGCAGGACAUGCUGCAGUGAUGAGGGAUUCAGCCCCUGUUGAUUUGAUUGGCUGACUGAUGGUACUCGUUGAGGAAUUUGCAAAGCUUCAUCUCAGGCAUCUGUUUAUUAGGUUAUGUUGUUUAUUGGUUUAUUAUUUUGAUGCUGAACCGAACAAAUGUUCAAAUGUUAGCCCAAUAAAGAGAACUUAGUAAAGAUUAUUCUGAGAUCA